AGUACAAGGAGACAUUCAUCAGUGUCUUUCGUUAAUCUUUUCUAUAAUUGACUAAUGACUUGAACCAUGAAACACUAAAUAACUCAAUCUGCAUUUUCCUGGAGUUGCAAUUUCCAUGGCUUUCCGUUCAUCUAUCAUCCUUGCACUACUAGUACUACUCUAUCCACAUUCCACUUGUUCUCAAACUAUAUCCGUUGGAUCAUCUCUCACAGCUGCCUCAAACACCAAUCCAUGGCGCUCCUCUCCCAACGGCGAUUUCGCUCUUGGCUUCAAACAGCUUCAACCUAACACCGGUCUCUUUCUACUCGCCAUAUGGUUCGACAAGAUCCCCGACAAAACAACCGUCUGGUACGAAAGAAGCAGCUACCCUGUGCCUCGUGGCUCCAUGCUGCGCCUGGACUCCGCCAACGGCCUCAUCCUCCAGGAUCCCCAGGGCCGCCUUCUGUACAACACUAGCACAGGAGGCCCUGUUGAUCAAGUCAGUCAUGCAUUGUUGAAUGAUACCGGAAACUUUGUUAUACGGCUUAGAGAUUCCUCUAUCUUGUGGGAAAGUUUUAGACAUCCGACCGAUACAAUAUUGCCCAGUCAGAGUAUCGAGAUGGGUGACACGCUUGUUUCGCGGAGAACUGAGGCUAAUUUUUCUGUUGGAAGAUUCUACGCUUCCAUCAGCAACAAUGGACGUUUUAUCUUCAAUACCAAGAACGUGCCCUCGAAUUCGGACUAUGAUGAUGAGUACUACGGCGGCACCACUUCUCCUCCAAACGCUUCCGAGGCUGUGAUCCGUGCUAAAUUCGACAGCGGAGCCUUGAUUUCUUUGGUGAGGAGAAAUGGGCAGGACCAAAUUCUUAGUCCUCGUUCGAUUCCCCUGUCUUCAGACAAUUACUACAGAGCAACUCUGGAUUUUGACGGAAUCUUCACACAGUAUUGUCAUCCCAAGAACUUUGGUAGCAACCCGAGUUGGCAAAUUGCCUCAUCUUGGCCUCAAAAUAUCUGUAGGAACAUCAAUGGAUUCACAGGCAGUGGGGCUUGUGGUUAUAACAGCGUGUGCAGGCUCGUGAAUCAGAGGCCGGUUUGCGAAUGCCCACAGGGUUUUUCGCUGGCCGAUCCCAGCAAUCCGUAUGGCAACUGUGAGCCUCAGUUCGUGCAGGGUUGCACCGAUGGUGGCAAUGAGUAUGACUUGGUGAUCAUCGAUGAUACCGAUUGGCCUAACAAUGACUAUGAACGAAAAAAACCAUGUCCAGAAGAGCAGUGUCGAAUCGCUUGCCAGGAGGAUUGUUUCUGCGAUGUUUCCAUAUACAGAGAUAAUAGCUGCUGGAAGAAAAGGCUGCCCCUUUCUAAUGGCAGAGUCGACACUUCCCAAGGUUUAAAGCCAUUUCUCAAGAUCAGGAAACGGGAUGUUACUUUAAGAAAUCCGAGGCCAAGAAGAGAUCGGCAGACGCUGAUAUUUGUGAUAUCAGUGCUUUUAGGCAGCUCAUCCUUCAUCAACUGCUUAUUCAUUACUGCAGCUUGUGUCCUUCUUUUCUUUGGUUACAACAGAAUAUUUCGGGGUCCCAGUCCUGUUCAAGACCCUUCGGCUUCUAACAUACGUUGCUUUACUUAUAAAGAACUCGUGCAAGCUACAGACGGGUUCAAAGACGAGCUAGGAACGGGUGCUUUUGGAAUUGUCUACAAAGGGUCAAUCCAAAACGGUUUGGUUGCAGUAAAGAGGCUGGACCGAAUGUUUCAAGAUUCGGAUAAAGAAUUCAAGACAGAAGUAAAUGUGAUUGGGCGGACUCACCACAAGAAUCUAGUCAGUCUGAUUGGUUUCUGCGAGGAGGGGCCUCAUCGUUUGCUUGUGUACGAGUACAUGAGCAACGGAACGCUUGCAGACUUUCUUUUCGGGGAUCUGAGAGCGAGCUGGAGCCAAAGGACUCAAAUCGCAAUGGGGAUAGCGCAGGGGCUAACAUACUUGCACGAGGAGUGCAGCAGCCAGAUCAUCCACUGUGAUAUAAAGCCUCACAACAUUCUCCUUGACGAAUACUACAUUGCAAGGAUUUCGGAUUUUGGAUUGGCUAAGCUUUUGACGAUGAAUCAGAGCAAGACGCUGACCAACAUCCAAGGUACCAAAGGCUAUGUCGCUCCUGAAUGGUUCAGGAACACGCAGAUAUCGAAUUCGGAGAUGGUGAGAAUCCAAUUCUGACGGACUGGGCUUGGGACCGCUUUGUGGAAGGGAGAUUGGAAGCAUUGGUGAGAAACGAGGAGGACGCGUUGAGAGAGAUGGAAAUGGUGGAAAGAUUCGUGAUGGUUGGACUUUGGUGCGUGCAAGAAGAUGCAUCGCUUAGGCCAAGCAUGAAGAAAGCAUUCCAAAUGCUGGAAGGAGUUGUCCAAGUUCCCAACCCAGUGAAUCCAUAUCCAUUAACCACAGGGAGGGAGUAGUUGCAUCUUUAUAUAUAUUCUAUUUUUAUGGCUAUUCUAUCAUCUUUUUGUGUCAAAAGCUCAACUGCUUCACCACAUCCUUAAUUACAUAAAUAAAAAGUAACAAUCAUGUUGUACUUUAUCUACUAUGGCUGUACCUGUAAUAAUUCAUCUUUGUGUAGAUGCUUGCAUUUCUUAUUGAAGAGUGCAUAUAAAAGUAUUCGAGAA